AUGGAUAAAGAAAAUCAAAUAAUUAGAUCAGUUUGGGGAAAUAAAUAUAUAAGAGAUUUAAUUUUUUUUUAUCUUAAUUUGUAUAAUAAUAAUAGUAAUUAUUAUAGUUUUACAAUUGAAAAAUUAAAUAAUUAUGUUUAUAAAAAUUAUUUAUUCGAUGUUUCAUUAAAUAGAGGUGGUUCACAUUUAGAAGCUGGUGAUUUACCUUCAAGUAUAAGAUAUUUGGAAUUUUUUGGUAGUUAUAAUCCAAUUUUACAAGAAAAUUCUUUACCAGAUUCGUUGAUUAGUGUAAUUUUUAAUAGGAGAUUUAAUCAACAAUUAAAUAAUAAAAUUAUUAAAAAUGGAGAAUCUUUUCAACAACCGAUUUUACCAAAUCAACUUCCAGAAGGAUUAAUAUUUUUAUAUCUUGAUAAUACUUAUCAAAGUACCAUUAUCUAUGGCUCAAUACCAAAUUCAGUCCAAAAUUUAAGAUAUACUGUGGAAUCAUUUAGUAAAACCAAAGUUCCUGUUUCAACUACAAAUCUUGAAGUAAGAGCCAAUGUUGAUAUUAAAGUUGGUAUGAUUCCUCAUAAUGUUACAAAUAUUAAAUUUGGUGAUUCGUUCAUUUGUAGAAUUGAACAAUUUGCACUUCCGCCCUCAAUUAGAUCAAUUUCAUUUGGUGAUAGUUUCAAUAAAGAAUUAGUUGGUAAUAUAUUACUUUCAAAUAUUGAAUAUAUUAAACUUGGUAAAUCAUUUCAAUCUCGUAUCGAUAUCCCUUCAACUGUAAAAACACUUAAACUUACAACUAAUUACAAUGACAACUUUGGUUCCCCUCUUAGUGGUGAUCCAUAUCAUUUCUUUUUUUAUGUAACUAAUUUAAAUGAAUGUUAUUCUUUAACAAAUUUGGAAUUAGGUAGAAGAGAUAACCCAAAUCUAGAAAAAAUUAUUUUCCCCAACUCUUUAUCUUUAACAACUUUAAAUUUGGGUGGAUAUAAAGGGAAUCAAUUAUCAAAAAUACCAUCAUCAGUAACAAAUUUAAAUUUAGGAUAUUAUUACAAUUUUCCAAUUGAAGAGAAUUCUUUACCUAAAAAUCUUAAAUCACUUAAUUUUGGUGAAUCUUUUGAUAAACCAAUUAAUUCUAAUCUACUUCCAAAAACUUUAAGAAUAAUUUAUUUCCAAUGUCCAACUUUUAAUCAAAAUAUUUAUGAAUUACCAAAUCAAUUACCAUUAUUAAAAACAAUAUAUUUAUCUUCAAAAAAUAUUAGUUUUAUAAAUACUUUAGAUACUUCCUUUUAUUCAAAAUAUAUUAGGGUUACUGAUGAACAAUAA